UCUCGAUUUGGAUUAAGCGUUUCCGUCUCAACACAAAGAAAAAAAACAGAUACGUUUUGCCUUCUCUUAUCGGACUACCAGAACUACAACAAAUCAAGAUGACUCCACAGCUCCAGCUCAACUUGUUCUUGUACGUCGCCUUCCUACUUCUAAGUAAAUCACUUGGAGAGAACACAACAACGAUAACCACCUCUACCGUGCAAAGUUCACCAGAAACUACACAACCUACCACGGUACAACAACUGCAGUCAACGACACGCCAAAUGCAGCUGGCAUCGACAUCGAUACAACCCCCAGACAGCAUUUCAACAAGCACGCUGACCUCAUCAACCGGAACGACUUCAAUAUCCACUACAGUGACAGCGUCAGAACAGACAACAAUGCCAACAUUACCACCAACUUACAUAUCAAACUAUUCAACGAUUCCACAAAUGCCAUCAUUGUCUCCAUCCUCUAUGACAACAAAACAGGACAUGCUCGAUCCGAUUGCUGUUGAGCCGAUAGAAAUUGGUCCCGGUGGACCAGAUCAAAAAGAAAGUCUUGCAAUACAAAAAGCUAUUGAUUGGCUUCGAGAAAAGCGCCUUCCUGACUACAGUUGGGGUAACGAUACGCACAUGGUUAUAUUGGCCAAAGAAUUGUCGGGUCCUCGAGAUCCUGCAGAUAACGAUAAUCAUCUUCAGGAGAUCUCCGACUUAGAGAACAUGUUGUCAGUGAAGCAAAUGGAAAUCGAAGUGCUGACAAUGGUCGAUCGACAUCAUACUAUGCCAAAACCUGUAAAUACCGAUCGAAUUGCUAAAUACAUUCUGGCGAUGGGAGCACUCUGUAAGGAUGCUCGUCAUUUCUAUGGACAUGACUUGGUAGCCAUUCUAGAGCACCAUGAACACGAAGAAGGUCAAGAGUACGAGUUCGCGUUGACGGCACUCGCAGUGUGCAGUUCAGCAACACACGUUCGAAAACGACAGAUCCGGCGGUUGCUGGACAUUGCCAGUGGCGAAGUUAAUGAUGUUGAUACCAUUGCCAUGGUACUUUUGGCUCUCCGGUGCAUCGUGACGGACCACCGUCAUCGACAUUUGCAGCAUUUCAUAAGGAGGCCAGCCCGAGGUCUUGCUAGCCUCCAAGGACCACAGGGCAGUUUUGGUUCGCUGAGGAGUACUGCGUUGGCCAUGCAAGCCCUACAAGAUUUGGAACCGGAUCCAGCAGGAAAGUGGAACCGGUCAGCAGCAUCGGAAUGGAUGCUGUCAAAACAGCGUUUGGAUGGUGGCUGGACGGAAGAGCCACUACAGGAUGGACAGGAUGCCACCAUAGGAGUCGGACUGACCGCAGAUAUAACGCUCGCCCUCGGAUGGAAAGGGUUAGGGGCCGUUCGUGCCUUGCAAUGUGAUCACGUGAUACGAGAUAAUUCCAACGAUAACUAUUAUGAAAAUGGGGAUCAAAAACUGGCCGCUCCGGUUGGUUUAACGUCAUCAGUGGAAGAAGCAGAGCCCAAGAAUGUAUCUUACACUUACACGCUCUGGGUGGACACCAAUGUAACCCAGGAAUAUUCCCUGGAUCUGACAUCCCCAAAAAACACCACAUUUUUCCAAGCUAUGAAGCAAGCGAAGGAAAUAGACCCGAAGUUUGAAUUCGAAGCCCGAGAGUGGCCCAACGGACAUUACGUUCACACGCUGGCCGAAAUGAAAGAGGAGCCGAAAAGCUACCACUACUGGCUGUUGUACCGAUUACCGGAGAAACCGGACACGAAGAAUCCUCCUGGUAAUCAGUUAAUCGCGCCUUUAGGCGUUGAUGAACUUCUGGUGGAAGAUGGUGAACAUUAUCUCUACUGGUAUAAAAAACUUUAAAACGCUUUUCCGAAGCUCACCUCAGUAGGAUAGCCUUGCAGCAAAGCGCAAUACGCGGAAGAAUGUGUUUAUAACGAAGCAAAAAAUGGACUCAAUCUAAGACAAACACGUGGAGGCGAGUGAAAUUAUAUCACUAGAAGGCGACAGAGAUGGAGACGCUGGAUGUCGUACUCGAGAGCUGAGAACCGACAGGCUAAUACAAAAAGGUGAGACAAACAAAUGGUGUUAGGGAACAUAAAGUCGAGAUAAGCACGAAUGGUAGAAGAAUGAGUAAAAAACGGAGAAAAAUUAUCAUUAACAGAAGUGUCUGGUAGCAAAUUUAUAAGAAAACACCUGCUUCCUAUCUUUACAUAAAGGGAAACAACUUUAUAUAAUCAGACGUAAGGUCUGAGUAAGAGUUAACUAAACUCUUUAACCCCUUAGUCUGCUGAAGCAACUAACUACAAUGCAUGAAAUACAUAGAUGUAUUUGUUAAAUAGGUAGACAUAUUCAAACAUAUGCCGUCGUUCGAGGUGAGAAUGGGUUAAAAAUACGAUUUAUCUAUUUGAUUGUUUAGUAAUUUAACCUCAAUAAUCAACUGAGCUUGAGCAUUUGUUUUUGUAAAAGAAAAUUGCCCACUGUCAUCCUUUUAAGAGGGUGAUCGAUUGAAAUUCGGUCAAUGGAACAGGGAAUGCUUCAAAAUAGCAACAACACAGAACCAAUCUAUCGUUCCCUAAAACCCAUUGUCACUUUAACGACGGUAGCCUGCGACUUUUUAAUUUAGGCUAUUCACAAAAAGAAAAUCUCAUUCAACAGCUUAAACAAACCUAUUAAGAGCUUACCAGUUUCGUGUGUGCUACCAGAAUUUUUAAGUUGUAGUCAGUUGGAAAUAUGUUACACUAGAAGAUAGAACUAUGUAGCUGAGACCCAAGUACUCAAGUAAUGUUGCUCAAAGUUUAAUUUUAAGAAAUAUAUUUGCAAUUAAUAUGUUAACUCAAUUAUAAAAAUAUCCUGCAUUAUUGAUAACAGUCUAAAACUACCAAAGUAACACAUUAAACCCCGUGACCGACAUGUAGUUAAACAAACGAUUGCAUAUUUUUCUCCAGUUUGAUUUUUUUCAGCGUAAUUCGAAUCGGAGAAUAUUUUGCUAUGAACUGAUUACACCAGGCAACAGUGUAAAAAUAUCAAAAAACAUUCUUUUAAAUAAUUUGGAUUUACAUGACGCGUUCAGAAUGGCAAGGAAAAUUUAAAAAGCAAAGUGCAACAGUUCAAUCCAAUUUGAAACCGUAAUACAUAUGGUGAUUUGCUUGCAUAAUUAAUCACCUAAACAUCAAAAGCUUCUAUUUUAUGUUUAGAAUACUGCGCUGAUCAAUCCCAUCGUUUGUGCACAUGCUAUACAAAGCAACUGGCAUAAUAGGAAAAAUAUGAUGAAUAUGCAAAUAAAGUCAAAAUGUGAUCAAAGGACAUUUAUUUUAAAGCAUCAAUAUGGACAAUAAUUUAUGCAGUAUAUCAAGGAACUCCAACAUCCACAUUAACACGUGCGCCAGCGGGAAAACGGAAACUAAUAAAAAACGGGUUGCAUUGUGGCUUCCCAGACACAAUUGUACUGAGCAGUCAGUCACACUAAACUGAACAUAAUAAUAAUCAGCAUUAGUCGGGUAAUGACAUAUGUGGAGUAGUAUGUUAUAAAAUGCUAUUGAAUAAUCCGAUUAUGCAUACAUUUUAUUUCAAAGAUCAUUAUUUCAUCUCUGCUUUAUACAAAUAGAUACAAUAAUUACUAUAUCCAUACCUAUCAAUGCUCAGACUAAUUUAUCAAAUGUUGCACGAUACACCCAAAGACGACAUACGUCGUUUUUCAACAGUACAGUACAUUUCACGAAAAAAAAGGUUUUUAGUUGUAUUUAAAGCGAUCGGUCGUUCUACGACCUCUUGUAAAAUGAACAAUCUUUCGUUUUAUACGUUGCAUUUAUCGAAAAGUCUGCUACUGCUAACGUGGAAUAAAUGAUAUACACUUAACUAUGUAACUACGAACACAAAAUGUAUUUCCACCACCUACUAAGCUAACACAAAAUAAUAAAUAAAAAAAUGAAAUUUCUUG